AUGUCGAGUGACGACUUUACGAAAAAGAAGUUGUGGGGCGGCCGCUUUACGGGCACGACCGACCCCAUCAUGCAUGCUUUCAACGAAUCUCUCUCGUACGACAAGCGCAUGUGGGCACAGGAUAUCCGUGGCUCCCAGGCGUACGCCAAGGCACUGAUUGCCUGUGGCGUCUUGUCCGAGUCUGAGGCCCACACCAUUAUCCAAGGCUUGUCGUCCGUAGCUGAGGAGUGGAAGAAUGGCUCAUUCCGUAUUGCAGAUGAUGAUGAAGACAUCCACACGGCAAACGAGCGCCGUCUUAAGGAGCUCAUCGGGCCUGUUGCCGGCAAAUUGCACACAGGUCGCAGCCGGAACGACCAGGUCGCCACAGACAUGCGCAUGUGGCUCCUCGACGAAGUCGAUGCCAUCGUCACCCUUAUCACUGAUCUCUUGCGUGUGAUGGUCAAGCGCGCCGAGUCCGAGGUCGACCACCUCAUGCCCGGUUACACGCAUCUGCAGCGCGCUCAGCCGAUUCGAUGGGCUCACUGGCUUCUCUCGCAUGCGUCCUACUUCUCCAACGACCUUGACCGUCUGCGCGUGAUGCGCCCGCGCGUCUCAGUCUUGCCGCUGGGUGCCGGCCCGCUUGCUGGCAACCCAUUCGCCGGCCUCGACCGCGACGCUCUAGCCAAAGAACUGCACUUUGACUCGGUCGGUCCUAACAGCAUGCACAGCGUGGCGGACCGCGACUUUGUGGUCGAGAUGCUUAUGUGGGCAUCGCUGUUUUCUGUGCAUGUGAGCAAGAUGGCCGAAGACUUGAUCAUCUACUCGUCGUCCGAGUUUGGCUUUGUUGUGCUGAGCGAUGCAUACAGCACGGGCUCGUCCAUUAUGCCGCAGAAAAAGAACCCCGAUAGCCUCGAACUGCUGCGGGGCAAGAGCGGGCGUCUAUACGGCCAUCUGUGUGGCUUUAUGAUGUCGCUCAAGGGUAUUCCGUCGACGUACAACAAGGAUCUGCAGGAAGAUAAGGAGCCUCUCUUUGAUGCCGUCGAUACGACGAAGGCAUGUCUACAGAUUCUGACUGGUGUACUGAGCACUAUGACGGUCCAUGCGGACAAGAUGCGUGCGGCACUUACGCCUGACAUGCUUGCGACCGACCUGGCUGACUACCUCGUGCGCAAAGGUAUUCCUUUCCGCGAGACGCACCACAUCUCCGGAUCGGCCGUCAAAAUGGCCGAAGACCGCCACUGCGAGCUCACGGACCUCACACUCGACGACCUGCGCACGCUGCACCCAGCUUUCGACACGGACAUUGCGCUUGUGUGGGACAUGGAGCAGAGUGUCGAACGUCGCAAUGCCAUCGGCGGCACGAGUCGCCGCGCGGUGCUGGAACAGGUGGCACGGCUCGAGGCACAGUGGAGGUAA